AUGGCACGGGGUGUGAGGGGAGUGCAGUGCGAGUUUAAGCGCAGUGCAGAGAAGAAGCAGCGACCAGAUCUCUCGCUCUCGCUCUCGCUCUCGCGCUCUCUCUCUCUCUCUCUCUCUCUCUCUCUCUCUCUGGCUCUCUCUCUGGCUCUCCCUCAUUGUGCGUUCCGCUCUGGUGAGCAGAAGAUAGCCCAGGAGCGGGAGAAGUUUGCGGACGAGGACAGUAUAUUCUUCUCGCUGGGAGAAUGUGGCCUCAUCUCCUUCUCAGACUACAUCUUUCUCACUACCGUCCUCUCCACUCCCCAGAGGAACUUUGAGAUUGCCUUCAAGAUGUUUGAUCUGAACGGAGAUGGAGAGGUCGAUCUGGGAGAGUUUGAGCAGGUCCAGAGCAUCAUCCGCUCCCAGACCAGCAUGGGCAUGCGCCACCGCGACCGCUCCACCACGGGGAACACCCUGAGGACGGCGGGCUGCAGCUCCGCCCUCACCACCUACUUCUUCGGCGCCGACCUCAAGGGGAAGCUGACCAUCGGCAGCUUCCUGGAGUUCCAGAGGAAGCUGCAGCACGACGUGCUCAAGCUGGAGUUUGAGAGGAAUGACCCUGCGGAGGGGCGGAUCAGUGAGAGGCAGUUCGGAGGCAUGCUGCUCGCCUACAGCGGCGUCCAGUCCCGCAAGCUCAAGCAGAUGCAGAAGGGACUGAAGAAAAUGUUCAAAGAUGCCCAGGGCAUCACGUUCGAGGAGGUGGAGAACUUCUUCACCUUCCUGAAGAACGUCAACGACGUGGACACGGCGCUCAGCUUCUACCACAUGGCUGGAGCCUCCAUUGAUAAAGCCACCAUGAAGCAGGUGGCCCGCACCGUAGCCAAAGUCGAGCUGUCCGACCACGUGUGCGACGUCGUCUUCGCCCUGUUCGACUGCGACGGUAACGGGGAGCUGAGCAACAAGGAGUUCAUCGCCAUCAUGAAGCAGCGUCUGAUGCGUGGCCUGGAGAAACCCAAGGACAUGGGCUUCACGCGGCUGGUGCGCGCCAUGUGCAAGUGCGCCCAGGACACCGCCUGGGACUUCGCCAUGCCCAAGACGCAGUAGAUCCCCGGGUACGGACGGACAGACAGACGGACUUGUGGGUGGGGGUCAUGGAUGCACCGUCUGGGUGGGAAACCAAAGACUGGAUUCCUUUUUGGGAAUUUAAACAACGGGACAAAGAAAAGCAUAUGUAACAUGAAGUCCCCUCCGCCCCGAGAUGAUGGCUUACUUACCGCGCAUGUCAGUGUGGCUAGAGCUUUACCAGCGCUCCCUUUAGCAUGCUCCACACCGCCACGGCUAAUCAGAGGCUUCUCAUGCGUCUUGUGUUCCCUGGGGAAAAGCAUCGUGGGUAUUUGGGCGCUGCAAACGUUUUGUAUUUAUCUUUUGGGCCUUUUGGUUGAAUGCGGAAGGGCAGGGCCAACCCUAGCAGCCGAGAGUGACCUUUGCUUUGUUUUUUUGUUCCGAAUAAGAGCACUUUUAUAGCCAUUGUUGAUAACAAUUUAAGGGUCUGACGGAUACCAUCAAGUCAAGGAGCUGGGAUGGCCCCCCACGGUCACCAAGCCCCCGCACAUCGUCCAUGGUUUGUGUUGGACAGUUAUGGAUCUUGGUCUUUAAACCUGUAUGAACAUUCGACAUGUUAUGUAUAACGGUUAGUCCAACAGCUUAAAAGGCAACACUAUUCCCUUUUAAUAUUGGGCCUCAACAUAAUGACCCAACCUCCCAGCUGUAUUUCCUUGCAAUAUUCCGUUCAAAGUGUGUAACUGCGUGAUUGUUGUCCUUUCUUUCAGAGUGACUUUAUAAGAUUGAUACUAAGUUAUGCUCCAUUAAAAUGUUUUUCAUAACAGAAA